AUGUCGAUUGCAGAAUGGUACAAGACAGCCACUUCAGGGUUAGCCAAAUAUCAACAAGAAGAAAUCACGAAAGAAGAAGUCAAAUAUCAAGAAGAAAGAAAAGUUAUUAUGACCAAAAUUAAGGAUCAAAUCAACGAAUUAGAAACUAAAUUCAAAACUUCAGGGAAAUUACAAUUUCUUGAAUUUGUUUACAAAAACUAUCCCCCGAAGAAUAAAAAACACAAACUUGCUGAAAUUCCCUAUAUUCCAGAACUGCAGCAAAUAAAAAAAUUUUAUCAGAAAGUAGUAGUUCACUAUCAUCCUGAUAAAGUAGACAUUAAAAAACAUGGUAUGGAGUGGAAAGUUCUAUCAGAAGAAAUUGUUAAAAUUUUAACUAGACAGUAUGAACAUUAUAAAGGGUUUUAA